AUGUGUAUUAAAUUUUGCGGUGCUUUUGAGUUGGCGUUGAGGGGACAUGACGAAACAUCUUCAUCUGAAAAUCCAGGUAUUUAUCAAGGUUUAAUCAACUUUGCCUCUGAAUUAGAUUCCGCUCUUGCAUUACAUUUAAGAGAUGCCAAAGUGUUUAAAGGCACCUCAAAAACAAUCCAGAAUGAUUUAUUAGAUGCUAUGUUUGAGGUAUAUCGAAAUGAACUGAUAAAUCAAAUAAAAUCCGCUAAGUUUAUUGCCAUAGAAGCCGACGAAACAACAGAUACCUCAAAUCAACAACAAAUGGUAGUUAUAAUUCGGUAUGUUUUUAACGGUGAAAUUUUUGAGAAGUUUUGGGCAUUCGUUAAACCAGAGGGGUAUUCUGCAGAUAUUUUAGCCAAUUGCCUCAUGGACCAAUUGAAAUUAAUUUUAAAUUCACCGGCUGAUAAUUCUAAACUAAUAGCACAAAGCUACGACGGCGCAGCAGUAAUGAGUGGCAAAAAUAAUGGAGUACAGGCAAUAAUCAAGAACAUAUUUCCCCACGCUCACUUCGUUCAUUGCUAUGCACAUCAAUUUAAUUUAAUUAUGGAACGCGCCACACAAUGUAACAGAAAUAUCAAAAUAUUUUUUGCAAAUGUUCAGUCCUUCUCAACUUUUUUUUCCCGAUCCCCAAAACGUACAGCGGUUUUGGAUCAAGUUGUUAAACGGAGGUUACCACGCGCCGUAGCUACGAGAUGGAAUUUUAAAAGUAGAGUCGUAAACACUGUUUUUGAAUAUAAUGAAUUGCUUAAAGAAUGCUUGGAAAAUAUUAUUGAUCAACCAGGAAUUGAUUCAAAAACAAUAAGCGAGGCAUCUGGUUUAUUAAAGUUCUUAGAUUGUCCAGAGUUCAUGUACUGGUUGAAUAUGUUUCAUAGAUUAAUGCCUCAUGUCGAGAUUUUUUUCAAUCAGGCACAAACUCGAGGAAUUGAGAGCUCCCAAAUGCAAGCCGCAGUUGAUCAAUUUGAGCAACAAAUUGUUCAAAUCAGGCAAAGCUUUAAUGAUUUGGAGUGUGACGAAGAUGAAGUAAUACAUCCUGCCAAGCGCCCACGUGUGACAUCAACUGGAGACAGUCGGAGUACAAUCGCAAAAGAAGUAUUGGAUACAAUUUUAGUUCAUGUCAAAGACCGUUUCGAUUUUAAGGAUCAUUUAAAUGCAGCCAAACUAUUUGAUGCCAGAAGUUUCAAAUCUUACAGGAAGUCAUUUCCACAAAAUCAUUUUGAAUCUACUGUAAAAUCAUAUCCAAUGUUAGACAGUAUAAAAUUAAAAACGGAGCUUACAGCAAUUUAUGAGAGAGAUGAUAUGUGCAGUGUAGACGGUGUUUUAUUAGUCUUAGUCUUUAUAUCGGAAAAUAACUUGACGACAGUGUUUUCGGAAACCAACAAAUUAGUAGACAUAAUCUGUACAACUCCCAUGACGACGGUGGAAUGCGAAAGAUGUUUCUCAACUCUGAAACGUAUAAAAACUUUUUUGAGAAGUACUAUGUCCGAGGAUAGACUGAACGCUCUGGCAACAUUGUCAAUAGAAAAAAAGUUUAUACAGUUGAUACCUGACUUUGACAACAAAGUGAUCGAAGUUUUCAGCAAAAAAAAAGACAGGAGGAUGGAUUUUUUAUACAAAUAA